AUGGCCUCUAAUUUAUCAUUAGAAUUUCUGGCAAACGCUUUAAUGAAUAGCCUCGAUCGUGGGAAGAUCUUUCCGCCUCAGUUGAACAAUCCUGAAGAAUUAUUAUCAGCUCAUUGUAAUCGAAUUAGUCCUCCUACGCGACCCCCUAACGGGUUUCUCUUAUGUAGAAAAAACGUUCAUUUCGAAGCAAAACAACAAGGACAUUGUAAUAUGCGU